AUGAAAAAUGAGACAAAAAAUAAAACAUUUGCAGACGUGGAAGAAUUAUGUGCUCGUAUGCAUAAUAAUACAGCAUUUAUUGGUGUUCAACCAUUUUCCAGACUUCUUGUAGAUUCAGCCAGCAAAUGUCAGAAAAGUUGUAUGGAACUUCAUCCAAAAUGCACAGCAGUUGUGUUCUAUUACGUUUUUGGUGAAAAAGUCAACCAUAUUUGCUUCUUGUUUGAUCGAAACAGUGUUAACGAAAAUGUUGCACUGGUACCUGAGAAGCCGAAAAAUAAUAAAGAUGUAAUUAGAGCAUUAGAAAUUGUAUCGAACUGCCACGAAUUCGAUCCAUUCCCACCACUUCCUGAUCCAUUUGUUGUAUCCUCAGAUACAGUUGGCCGUGACAAAAGAGCCGUUGGUUUCCACAAGCCAAUCCCAGCAACAGGUCCAUGGUCAAAAUGGUCACCUUGUAACCAUGCCAGUACGAAGAUCCAGAAACGUCAGUGUGCACCCAAAUAUCCUCAACAAUCGCACCCUGUAUACGCACCAGCAGAAGCUGCUCCGCCAAGCACCCCUUACCCACCCUACGGUUACAACCAUCCGCCAGCAUAUUCAGACGAAUACACACGACGUAUGGAAGAACAUAAAAAACAAGAACUGCAGUUGUGUUGCUAUAAGCUUGAUUAUAAUCCAGGAAGCCAGAAACAUCCGGUAAAAACUAACCGUAAACCUGUUGAAGCUUAUUUGGAAUGGGGACCAUGGUCAGAAUGCUCAGUCACAUGUGGCAAAGGUACUGAAACACGUUCGAGAAUUUGCACCACUUCCGCAUGCUUUGGACCAUCUACUGAAACUCGUGACUGUGAACGAGCUCCGUGCAGUGGUACAUGGAGCCCGUGGUGCGAAUGGACUCCUUGUUCAGUCACUUGCGGCCCUGGAAAACGUGAAAGAAGCCGAUUUUGCGAUCUCGGAUUUGGAAGAUGUGAUGGUUCUGAUCACGAAGAGGACCAAUGCAACCAGGGACCUUGUCCUGAGUGGAUGCAAUGGAGCGAGUGGUCAGUCUGCAGUUUGACUUGCGGUGGUGGCACUUCUCAACGAUUCAGGACAUGCACUGUUGGAAAUCUCUGCCCAGGCAGCUCUGUGGAGAGUAUGCCAUGCAAUGAGCAACCUUGUGCGUGCUGGGGAGAAUGGACUCCGUUUAGUGAGUGCUCAGUCAGUUGCGGUGAAGGCACAAAAAGCCGUUCUCGUUACUGUGAAGGUGGAGACUAUUGCGAAGGUAACCCAAUGGAGAAAGUAUCCUGCCAUAUGCCUCCCUGCCCUGAGUGGUCUAUGUGGGGACAGUGGAGUGAUUGUGGAGUAACUUGCGGCGAAGGUUUGAAAACACGAUCACGUCAUUGCAUGGGAGGAGAUUCAUGCCCAGGAAUGCCAACUGAACAAGAAGUUUGCUACCUACCUCCAUGCCCAACCUGGUCUAACUGGCAAGACUGGUCUCAGUGUUCUGUGACAUGUGGACCAGGAACAAUGGUCAGAAGGAGAUACUGCAACGGAUAUGGCUGUCCUGGAUCAGACCAGGAAUCAAAAGAAUGUUUCUUGCAACCUUGCCCAGUUUGGGGACAGUGGGAAGAAUGGUCACAGUGUACAGUAACUUGCGGAACAGGCACAAAAGAAAGACACAGAACCUGCCUUGGCGGAUACUGCGAAGGUGAGCGAUCACAAACCGAGCAAUGUGACAUGGGAAUGUGCCCAUACUGGAGCGAAUGGGAACAAUGGUCACGAUGCAGUGUCACCUGUGGAGAUGGUUUCAAAACCCGUAGGAGGUACUGUGUUGGCGGCAACUGUCCAGGACCUGCAGAGGAAACUCAGCCGUGUAGAGAAGGCCCAUGCCCGUCUUGGGGCCCUUGGGGACCGUGGUCUGCUUGCAAUGUACAAUGUGGCCCCGGUCAAAAGACAAGGAACAGAGAAUGCUUAACGCCGUAUGGACCUUCUGAAGAUUGCCCGGGUGUCAAACAGGAAUCCAUUGCAUGUGACGCUGGACCAUGUUGCCAGUGGUCCGACUGGUGUGGAUGGAGUGUUUGCGACCGCGACUGUGGUGGCGGAAAGAAGAUAAGACAACGAUUCUGCACUCGUCAGACUGCAAAUGGCGAGCAAGUGUCCGACCCAUCAUGUUCUUGUCCUGGUUCUGACAAGGAAAUUCAGGAUUGCAACCAACAGAGAUGUCCUCCACAAUGUAAUUGGACAGAAUGGUGUCCAUGGAGUCAGUGUCCAGAUAAAGAUCCAUGCAGAAAUGCUACAAUGACUCGUACUAGGCAAUGUGUUGGAGACCCUGGUUGCCGUUGCUAUGGUUUUGCCGAAGAGAAACAGUUCUGCAGACGUGAAGCUGUUUGCGAUCCGCCAAUUGUGCCAACAUCGGGUACUCGCAGACGUCGUCGUAUUGAAUAA